AUGUAUCUAAGUCUGUUCAUAUCUAUCUGUCUCAUUCUGUUCAUAUCUAUCUUAUUCAGCUCAUAUCUAUCUAUCUAUCUAUCUAUCUAUCUAUCUAUCUAUCUAUCUAUCUAUCUAUCUAUCUAUGUAUGUAUAGAGAAAAUAGAGAUAGAACCACAACUUUUCAUAUCUAUCUAUGUAUCUCAGUUUGUUCAUAUCUAUCUAUCUAUCUAUCUAUCUAUCUAUCUAUCUAUCUAUCUAUCUAUCUAUCUAUAUAUAACACUCUCAUAUCUAUCUAUCUAUCUAUCUAUCUAUCUAUCUAUCUAUCUAUCUAUCUAUCUAUCUCAUUCUGUACAUAUCUAUCUAUCUAUCUAUCUAUCUCAGCCUCUGCCAUCCAUUAUUUGCUCUUCCCCACUCUCUUUCACUCACUCACUCACUCUCUCUCUCUCUCUCUCUAUCUCUCUCUAUCUAUCUAUCUAUCUAUCUAUCUAUAUAUUUUUCCUUAUUAACUUCUUUUUCUUUCUUUUUCUUUUUCAUUCCUUCUUUCUUUUUGUUUACUUCUUUUCUGCCAUUUCCUUAACACACUUCUCCUUCUCAUGCCACAUCCUUCCUUCCUUUCUUCCUUCCCAUUCUUUUUAUGUGUUUCUAGUCUCUACUAGUUUUCUCUACCCCUUCUUUUUUCUUUCCUAUUAUUUUAAAUACGGGCUAACGCUUUUUUGCACUCCAACAUCGAUUUUUUUUGUCUCCUCUUUACCUUCCUUCCUUCCUUCCUUCCUUCCUUCCUUCCUUCCUUCCUUCCUUCCUUCCUUCCUUCGUACAUUCUUCUGCAUUAUUAUCUCCUUCUCGUUCUACUUUCUUUCUUUCUUUCUUUCUUUCUUUCUUUCUUUCUUUCUUUCUUUCUUUCUUUUUGUAUACUUCAAUUUACUUUUUUUCCUUCAUUCCGUUUUCAUAUUUUUUGUUACUUCCUUUUCUCCUUUUUCUAGAUCCUUUAAUUUUUCUCUACCUUUCUUGCAUAUUCCUCAGUUUCCUUCAUUCCUUCUUUCCUUUCUUAAACAUUUUGUUUAUUCUUUUUCUGUUUUUUCUAUCUUCCUUCUUACCCCUUCCUUUUGUGCAUAUUUUUUAACUUCCUUCAUUUCUCUUUCUUUAUUUCCUUCAUUUUCACUUCCUUUUUGUUAUAUUCUCUUUCUUACGCAUUCGUUCGUUCGUUAUUUUUUUUGUGCAUUCUGGUUCUUCUUCUUCUUCUUCUUCUUCUUCUUCCUUCCUUCCUUCGUAGAUUUUUCCUUUCUUUUCUCCAUCUUUCUCUUCCUUACUUCUUUCCUUCAAAUCCUUUCUUUUAUUCUGUGCUUUCCUUCGACUUCUUCAUUCAAUUCUUCUUCUUUUUUUUUUUGCUCCCUUUUAUUUAAUUCCUUGAUUCUGUCUCCUUCUAUGCUCCACCCGCUAUCUUUCUUUCUUUUCUUUUUCUUCCUGAUCUUCCUUCCUUCCUUCCUUCCUUCCUUCCUUCCUUCCUUCCUUCUCUCAUUUCUUUAUCAUCUUCCUCUUCCUUUCUUUCUUUUUCUUUCUUUCUUUCUUUCUUUCUUUCUUUCUUUCUUUCUUUUCCAAUCACCGGUUAGCUUGAUUUUUUAUACUUUUCUUUUUACUUUCUUUUCUUUUGUCCCUCUUUUUCAUUGUCAUAAUCCUGCGUUUUCUUUCUUUCUUUCUUUCUUUCUUUCUUUCUUUCUUUCUUUCUUUCUUUCUUUCUUUUCCAAUCACCGGUUAGCUUGA